UUGUUAUUGUCGGUCCAAUAUGGCUGCCGAAAGAUUUGGUGUAGACUAGCAUUGUUGUGUUGUCUCCCACAAUUACUUGUGCCCUCUGAUUACAAAAUUUUGCUAUAGUAGUUCUUGCUUGCACGUUCAUAAGCUAAAAAUCGCCAUGGCAGUAGUUUGAGACCCAAUGAUCCAAUGAAGUUUGUUUCCUUAAUAUCAAACUUAAUUUUGUUGACGCUCCAAAUAGUUCAAUAAUAAAUUUUGGCGCCGGUGGAGGAAAGUUGGUUUGUUAAAUUGGAAAACGUGCAUCAUUGAAAGAUUUUACCGAUGAGCAUGGGCAUACCAUCUUGGUCUGUACUGUGGUCACCUCCUUCCAGCUCCGUUUUUUGAUUAGUGAUGGCAGAGAAGAUGUCUCGUCGUCGGGUGAAGCUUUAUGCUCUCAAUUCUGAGCGUCAGUGGGACGAUCGAGGCACUGGACAUGUCACAGCUACAUUUGUUGAUCGUCUCAAAGGCAUCUCUCUUUUGGUGCGAGCUGAGGCGGACGGUGCCCCACUCCUGGAGUCCAAAAUCCAGACAGACACAGCCUACCAGAAGCAGCAGGGCACGCUCAUCGUGUGGUCCGAGGGGGACAACUUUGAUCUCGCCCUCAGCUUCCAAGAGAAGGCUGGCUGUGAUGAGAUAUGGGAGAAAAUCUGUCAGGUUCAAGGCAAGGACCCAAGUGUGGAGAUAACUCAAGAGGUUCACGAAGAAAGCGAGGAGGAACGAUUCGAAGAAGCCAACGACUCUAAUGUUUAUGUGGAGUUACCACCGUGCGAGAUGGGCAAACUCGAGCAGAUCAGCGAGUUGCUGUCGGCGUCGCUUCAGAAUGUCAACAGACAAGACAAAAUAGCGAACAGCAUCGAGAAUGAGUGCUAUAUAAAGAAGCUCAUUGACCUCUUCAGACUCUGUGAAGACGUCGAGAAUUUCGAAUGUUUACACAUUUUGUAUGAAAUUUUCAAGAAUAUAUUCCUGCUUAAUAAAAAUUCCUUAUUAGAAGUACUUUUUUCCGACGAGAAUAUUUUUGAUGUAAUUGGUGCCCUUGAAUACGAUCCUUCGAGCCCCACGCCCAAGAAACACAGGGACUUCCUUAAGUCCAUGACCACCUUCAAGGAGGUCAUCCCAAUAGAGAACAGUGAACUGCUUAACAAAAUCCAUCAGACGUUCCGAGUUCAAUACAUCCAAGACGUGGCUUUGCCAAAUCAAACGGUGUUCGAAGAGAACCUCCCAUCCACGCUCACCUCCUUUAUAUUCUUCAACAAAGUCGAGAUAGUUUCUCUUAUCCAGGAUGACGAACGGUUUCUGAGCGAAUUGUUCCUGCAGCUGAGUUCUGAAGACGUUCCUGUACAGAAGAGAAGAGAUCUCAUCCUUUUCUUGAAGGAGUUCUGUACGUUCUCNUCUUCUACAAGUACAGUAGUGUGCCUCACUUUCUACAAACACUCCAUACAUUACCUCAUAGCUCCACUUCUGAGCAAUACGGUGGGCGAUGUGGUGGUGCGGGAAGACUACCAGACGGCACAGCUCGCCGCUCUCAUCCUAGAGCUGCUCUCCUUCUGUGUUGAGCAUCACUCCUUUCAUAUCAAGAACUACCUCAUACACAGAGAACUCUUGAGACGCGUCAUGGUUCUUGUUAAAUCCAAACACACAUUCCUUGUUCUAUGUGCGGUUCGGUUCAUCAGAAAGAUAGUGGGCAUGAAGGACGAGUUCUACAACCGGCACAUUAUUGCUAACAAUAUUUUUGCUCCAUUGGUCGACGCUUACAUCCGCAACGACGCUCGGUAUAAUCUCCUCGAUUCUGCCAUCCUCGAACUCUUCGAGUUCAUCAAAUCGGAGGACAUCAAGAGCCUAUUGUCGUACAGCAUGGAGAAGUUUGGUGACGUUUUCAGCCGUAUUGAAUACGUGCAAACGUUCAGUAUCAUGCGAGCUCGCUAUAUUGAACAUCAGGACAAAAUACGGGACAGAGAGAAGUCUACUGCCGCCGUCGAGAGCUUGGGCCUGGUGCGGUCAACGGGCGCCGCGAGUGCGCGCUACCGCCGCGACCUUCGCGACAUGGACGCUGAGGAGGAGCAGUGGUUCAGCUCCGACGACUGCGACGAGGACUACCACAGCUCGUUGAAGCAGGAGCUGCUGAAGGGUGGGGCUGGAUCGGUGCCGGGGCUGGAUGAGGAAGAGGAAGAUGAUGAGCCUGUGGGUGCCUUGCUGGGUGCCACCUCUCCUCAUCGCCUCGCCUCGUCUCCUCUGCUUCAAGCCCAGGUGGAGAAACUGCAAAAGGAGAACCCUGCCCUGACCGCAGCUCUAGAGAGCAGUAGUAGCAGUCACGUCGUAGCCGCUGCUGCUGUAGCGGCUGGGGAAGGCGAGAGGAGCUCUUCAGCUGCUGGAGGAGAGCACCACGAAGCAGUAGGCUCGGCAGGCGGGGUCAGUGUAACGUCGAGCGUUGGCCGCUCAUUUCAUGUUAAGCCUCACUCUAGUGACGCCCUUAGGGCUGCCUGUAAGGGCCCCGCCAGUCACCGGCUCAUCGACAACGCAGUUCAGUUCGUGUCUUACCAAAAUAACGACAACCACACCUCCGCCUCCUACGAUCGCUCCAUGGACAACAAUUCGCCUAAAAUUAUCGGGUGUGGCGUUGCUGUGGCCUCAGUGCCUAGGAAGAUCAGUUUAGUGGACUAUGACGAAAAUUCUGAUGAAGAAGAGGAAGAAAUGGAAGAUGAUGACUCUGACAACAGCAACAGCAGCACCGGCAGCAGCAGCAGCAACCCGAGCAGUAGCGGCAGCCAUAACAAUUCUGGUGUCAAUUCUACAGAAACUUCAUUGACUGAAACAUUUUCCAACACACCCACUCAAGAAUUGCUUUCUGCUCAGAAAGUUCUCACUACUGAAGUGUCUAAAAAAGUUAAGGAAAAUAUUCCUAUUAGUGACGGAACUUUAGAAAGCUCAAGCUCUGCUGCUGAUGACAGUAAGAGUUCGGCUGAUGCUAAGAGUGCUGUUGCUAACUGUAGCUCUCCGAAAGUGAGUAUUACGGCGUCCGGAACGACGUCACCUCUUCGUGUUUCAUCUGAAAACAGUGAAGAUGAUAUUCCUGGCAAUGACGAACCUAAAGAAAAACUAGUGUCGAACACUCCAAGGAAAGUUGACGGAGUUAAAGAUGCACCAGGCGAAAACACAUCAGAUAUAUCAGAUGAUACGGUUUCUAUGUCGAAAGCUAAUGAUUGCAGUCCAUCAAAUGUGAAAAAUAAAUCUAAUGGAGGAAAAUCAUCUGAUACUGAAAGUGAUAAUCAAGAAGGCAAGGCUGAGGCGGAGUCAGAAAUUUCUAGCGACGAGCCACGGGAAGACAUGGAGCAGGAGAAGAAGCGUGAUCGACUACAGCAAGACGAAAAUAACGACACCAAAACCAAACCGACCAAUGAUUCUAAACAUGCUAACUCCGACGGUACCAUUUAUGAGAAACACGAGAAAAUUGUCAGUUCUGUGGCCAAUGAUGUGACUGCUGCUGCGAACGGGCUCUCAAAAUCUGAUGAUUUACUAGAAGGCGAGACUCUCAGGAAGAGGCCACGUCUUGCUGUAGACUGAAAAAUUGUAGCGCAUUCAUUUUGCUUCUCCUAAAUGAAAUCACGAGAGUAAUAUCUUCUCUGUGCGUUUGAUAAGUGCGCAUAAAAGUUAAGACGGGUCUUGAGCGCCUUAGAUUGCGUUGAAGCCUCACGGUGGCAAAUUAAGCCGUCGUCGUAGGGCGAGGUACUGAAAAUACUUUCCUAAACUUCCUACCACAUUCGUAUCUGCAACCAUGUUUACUAUCUAUUUGUCUCACUGGUUACGUUCCACCGCAUUUGUUCUUAUAUCUCGCCUUGAAAAGUCGACAGCUUCUUCUCACAGUUCAUUUGGCGUUCUGUUUAGAGCAGCGUGAGUAAGGCAUUGUUUGUCCAUCCACAAUGCAUUCAUAGCCAAUUCUAAUGAAGUUAUCGAGUACAGCACAAAAAUCCUCCCUUGUCUCAUCACACUGGGACUUUUACCUACAGUCUCAAGUUAUUUGUCUCUUGCUGCUAUUCUUUUUAUUGAUGGACGUGUUUGAGUUGAUGCUCCUUGUAGCAAGGAACCUGGUAACAGUUUUAUUAACCAAGUGUUGGAGGUGAGCGUCGCGUUUUUUUUUUUCGUUGUGUCUGCGCUCUCUGUAAAUAAGCCUAUAAAUAUUUGUAUAUUGAUUGGUGUAAGGUGUUGCCGUGAUCGAGUGUUCCGCAGUCUUCUUGUUUUAUCUAAUGACGGGCGUUGACAUGGUCGACAACCGGCAUCAUUUUGAUCGCUUCUUCACUUGCAGAUAGACGAGACCCAUCAUCCAGUCUCUGAUUUAUUUAUCGCUUUCACAAUUUGAGUUCACAGCGCAUGGAUCGCAUGAUUUUUGUGAACUUAUUUCAUUUUCCCUCUUUCACCAUCUUGCCAUGUUUCAAUGAAGACUUGUUAGGUGCGUGAGGUCCUACUUGACACGGUAACAUGUAUUUCAUCAUGAGUAAUGUUCUUUGAAGGCUUGGCCUAAAUUGUCACCCUCCUACCUAUUGAAUAUUUCUCAAAAUAAUUUACCUUUUAAUUCGCAUGUUUCAAAAAUGUGGGAAUCAAGAUCGAACGUAUAAAUUAAAACGGAAAUAGUCCAGUUUUUACUGGAAACUUACGUUCCUGGCACGCUCUCCUUUAUUGUUAAAAAUACUUUUUUGUUUCCAUUUAGUUUUGGUUCCCGUGACAGUUGGUUAUAUGAAAGCUAUCAUUGUUUAAUGAAGGAAUGAAAUGGAAAGUUCGGUACCUGAUCUCAAAUAUUACUGCACGUCUCGUCUUUACUGCCCCGUUAUAGCGGUGAAGUUUUUAGAGCUCCCUUUUGUGUGCCUCUCCUAGGGCUAUAAUUUGACCUCCUGUACGAAACUUCAGUGCAUUGAUGCAUCAGGCCGUAGCUUCUUUUCUAAGCCUUACUGUUCUAUUAUUUUCUGUCCUUGCCAUUGCUUUAUUCCAUAGUCUUAAUGUAGAAAGAAUAAGUGUAGAUUUCUAUGCCUAUUUAUGGGCUAGGAUUCCUCGACGAAGAGGUGGGUAGAUAAUGUCAGCAGAUGCCGAGGCCUGUUAGUGCCGUUAGCGGCAUGCCUCUGUGAAUUGAUUGUAACAGGUUAGUAUUUCACUGCUAACUAUGAUCCGCUUUGAUUAGUCUCAUGAUUUUGCAGAUUACUUGUACUUGCGGCAGAGUUUCUGUUAAUCACAGUUUUCAUUAUCAACGUUUGACUUCAAAUUUAUUUAUUAAUAACUUCUCAUUGAUUCUGCCGAUGUUGUGGUUGACUAAUUAAAUUUUAUUUGCAUGACAUCACAAGUGUAAUCAGCUUCGAUUGUUCUUCUCUCUUGCAGUUUGACGACAAUUGUGUUGUAUUAUGACGCAUUUAGGUGCUUGCCGUUAUUUUGGAUCUGCAGUUUGUUUAAACUCCGCCAUUUUGUAACAAAAUCGGUUUAGUCACAAUGUUUCGUUACGCGCCCAUUCUUGUCGGCAGCUUCAUUUCAAUCUAGAAUUUUUCAUGUUAAAUGGAAUUCCAUGUAGAAGAAAAUCUGUUAUUCACAAACAAGCCCAUUUCAGUUAAUAUGGUUCGGGCUUUCUGACUUGCUUUGGCAUUCAUUCAGUACUUGUUGAUGCAGUUAAUUCGGCUUCUGUACAACGAAUACUUCGUUGAUUUUCUUUGUUAACGUAUAUGGUUCUAGGUGUAUUGGUUAUUUUAGGUAGAUGUGACUUACAAUUUUUUUUUAUGUUCAAGUUACAACUGCUACAGGUUUAAUUACGAUGCCUGGUGCGCUGCUGCCGGGCAGCUACGUAUAAAUAGUAACUAAAUAACUGUAAAAAUAAUUACCAUAGGUCUACCACCCUCUACACGAGUACAGUUACUCCCAAAACUGAUGAAACUACCCAUAUAAAUAAUUUGCAUUUUUCUUUCAUAAAUGAACUGACAACCAAAUUUUUGAUCACGAUUUUGUAUUUGAUGACAUCCACACAUGUAUCGGAGAUGUUUUCAUUUUUCCCCGUUCCCUUAUCGCGACUCAACUUUACUAGCAGAGGUUGACUUGAACCUAUGAAUUACUCAAAUGCAGUGCUAUAUCAUUGCCAGCUUACCAUCGUACUAUAUUGAAUGAAUUAUUUUUUCAUGCUUAUAAUUGGUAGGGAAAAUGUAUCAUUUAAGCUGAUUUUUAAACGCCAACUACAUAUAGGAUGGGUAAUAAAUUUGUUAUUAUUAUUACCAACUUAAUGCCCUAUGAUUUUUGUUUUCUUUAGAGAAUUCUACCGUAAUGUGUAAUGCAGGAAUCUUGUGGGGUAGGAAAAAAAAUUUGGCAUGCGGUUUAAAUCUGCUUUCUAAUGAGAUGAAGACUCCCAUAUCAUUAUUCUUGGGUUGUCUUCAAAUUAAGAUGUUCCUAACCGGGACUCGCAUAAGAAUCCACCUUAUGAUCAAAAAUUGUUUCUACUUUUCAUCCAUUAGUGUUAUAUCUGAAUAUUCCUCUCCUUACAACUUGACUGUUGUUAUAGGACACUUCGACGGCUUUUCAUCAGAACAAAAAGAUUAAAUAAGUCAGGCUUGUUUUCCCUCUCUAUCUUCUUUCUUGAACGUUAUUGAAAAAUAUUGUGGUUAUUUUAUAGUUCUACAACUAUACAUUUUAUAUCUGGCGGUCUGUCGAUGCAUUUUUUGGCAUCUUAGAGACAUGAAGGUAGGAAUUAAUGCGAGGUGAAAUUUUGUGUUGGUGGUUUUUGAAGGAUUUGUUGUCUUGUUAUUUAUGGAGGUUGAGAAUUAGAGUAGUAGGCUCAUGGGUCGACUAGAAAUGUAAUAAAGAUAGGAAAAUCUGAUUAUUGUCCGGACUUCGACACAAAAGUAAUUAAUUCAAUGCGACUUGACGUAGGAAAUAGAGAGAAAAACAGUUAGUUUUUAUCGGACAAAUGAUGUAUGAGUAGAGCGUAUUUAUUGUAAUUUCUUUCACUAAUACUAAUACUUCCGUGAGACGUUAUCUUUAUCUUAUCAUUGAGAAAACUUUUGUACAAUUUUCAUUACUCCGCUGCUUGAACGUGCGGAUUCUCAUCAUUCAAGCUGGACUUGUCGUCACUCACAUCGAGUUUACUUUAGGGAUUUUAGUGUGUAAUUUAUUAACAAGUACUAAAAUGAUUACUAUUAAUCAAACUGACAUCUUGAACGAUUCUACGCCUUCAAUCUGCCCACCAAAAUUUUCCGCCUACAGAGAAUUGCAACAAAUAGAGAAACCCCAACUGCCAUGCUAAGUCUAUUGUAAAUGUGGUUAUGUUCUAUCGUAAUAUCGUACUUUGCUUAAGUGGAUCAUUUUUUUCUGCCGCUCCUUGUCUUUCUUGCGUCUUGACUCGCCGCCCGCUGAAUUGUUCUGCUCGUCUCCUGAGCAUCUCGUAAUAAUCUGAAGCCCUGGGGGUAUUGGAAACCUUAAUUACCUUCUAUUUUAUAUUAAGGAUGAAGUGAAUGCCGAUGACACUUCAUGAGACUCCAUUUUGUAUCUGCCAAGUCAUCUCAUCUCGAUGAAAAUCUAGAAUAUGUUGAUAACGUAUGAAGAGCCUGCAGAAGUGUAUUAUAAAGUUCCUAUGCUGCUCUUCAAUGCUUUUUGGGUCAGGAGUUCACUCACUGCAUUUCUUUUCUACGGCCAUCUUAUUAGCGAGAGUAUUUUUGUGAGACGGUAUGUGUGUCGCGUGAUUGAACGCUCAUGCUCCAUGUCUGCUGUUGACUUCCUGACGCUAUUCUUGUCCGUGGGAGUAGUAGCUGCUAUAAAUACAAUGUCAGCAAAUACUCGACUUUUCUAAAAAUA